AACAUAGUCCAUGACCAUGCCUAAACAAUUGAACGAACAUGGUGGACGCGUUGCCAAGGGCUGAACGGGAGAGCAGAUGCGGCUGAAUCAGUGAUCACCGAAUUCGCCAAGAGAUCAGUCGUGAAUAUUCAAGGUAGUCACAUCGUCGCAAAAAGGUUUAUAGAAGAAUCACUCGUAAUUUUAUCAGUUGAACCUUUGUAUGACAGCUUCCAACGCCAUAAACCAAUUCACAACGUUUCAAUGUAGACUACUCAACUUCAAAUAAAGAACAAAGCUUCUCAGAAUUCGACCUUUCUACAUGGACGCUUGUGAGAGCUCAUCGAUGCGGAGGUGAAAAGUAUCUGUGAUCGGCCAACUCUCAAGAUUCUAUAUGAAACAACGAGACAAUGAUGAGACUACAGCCAUGCUUCAAAGUCGAGAGCUACACAACAUGAUCGAUCACUCUGGAGCAGCGUUGAAUCAUUAUGCAGCUGGCCAUUACAGCUCAAACAUGACGCAAUUCUCAAUCAAAUCUGAGAUGAAAGAAGAGGCACAAGAGGCGGUAGUUGCGGGACAAAGUCCGCCAGAGGAAGACGGUAACAACGUCGACGAGAGGCCUGAAUUCGAUAUAAUCAUCAGCAACGUAGUUUGUAGCUUUAGCGUAAGAUGCCACCUGGAUUUACGAAAAAUCGCGUGGAACAGCUGCAACGUCGAAUAUAGAAGAGAGAAUGGACUGUUGCGCAUGAGACUGAGGAAGCCCUACACAUUAGCGUCGAUCUCGUCGUCUGGAAAAAUCACUUGCACCGGAGCCACUAGCGAGGAGGAAGCUAAGAAAGCCGCCAGAAGAUGUGCGAGAUCUCUUCAGAAACUCGGCUAUAAUAUUCGCUUUCAAAACUACAGAAUAGUUAAUGUCCUUGGGACUUGCACUAUGCCAUGGGCUGUCAAAAUCAUCCCUUUCUCCGAGCAUUACAAAGGAAGAGUGCAAUACGAGCCAGAAAUUCAGCCUGGCGUUAUAUACAAAUUGCAAGACUUACGCGCUACUUUAAGGAUAUUUUCGACGGGCAACAUUACAGUUACGGCUCCUAGUAUAAGCGCCGUACAAGCAGCUGUAGAACACAUUUAUCCGCUUAUAUACGAGUUCAAGAAGGAGAGAACGAUAGAAGAGCAAUAUGCUAUACAGAAUCGGAGGCGUCGUUUUGUACUGCCUGACCAGGAUAAUGGUGUCGAGCAAAGGGAUGAAAGUGAUAGUUUUGUUUCCAAUGAUGAGGACAUGAGUGAUGGCAGUGACGCGAGUUAGUCGUAGUAAAAUUUUGCUUUCCUUUUCUAAUUCUCAUUUUGACUUGCAACAAUUUUAGUGCUUAUCUAUUUGCAUUAUGACACACUUUUGUGAUAAAGUAGAAAUAAUUUCGUUCAUUGAUUUCAUAAUUUAUCAAACAUUAUUCAUAACUUCUUUCUUUUUCUCUAUUGAAAAAUUAUUACUUAUCGUUCAGUCCAGGACUAAGUUUCUUUUGUCAUUGCAUUCAACUUGGACUGUAUGGAUAAUUCAUAGCAACAUUGCGUAAUUUUUUUUGUACUGUUAAAGGCAACUGAUUAUCAUUAUAAUAAAAUUUGGGAAAACACACUAAGACUAUUCGAACUUUUACUUAAAAGUCAAUGCAAACGUUUUAUGCGUCACCUGAUCAACAAAAGUUCACUAUCAAUGAUUUUUUUGAAAACGUAUUUCAUUCUUUUUUUAAGAAAAAAUUUAACUGUUACUACGUUUAUGUAAUUAAAAUCUAAUGCUAGUUAACAACAACAAAUUAGCAAAAUGAAAUCGUUUUACUUUUUAUUGUUCGCUUGAUGCUAUAUAUUUUUGAAUUAAUAAAUAAAUAGCGAACCUUUUUAUAUAGUAUCUUAUACAGAUGAGAGAUCUUGAAAAACAUUGAUCGGCGUAAAAUGAAGGAAAAACUAUACUGAUUACGUAUAAUUAUUAUACAAAAAGAUAGCAAUAGCUUUGUGUGGCUGCUUGACGGUAUUUAAGUAAUAAGGGAAUACUUUUAUAUGCCGUUAACUUCUCGUAAAUUAAAAACGUGGCACAUUAUUAUUAUACCUUGCAAACAAAUGAUAACUCAAAGCGUCGCCAAGGAGUUGAAAAGACGAGAUUAUUGAUAUGUUGAAUCUCGCAAGCUAAGUUCAAUAUUGUAAUGAAGUUUUUAAAAAAUGCUCACAGCGCAAAAAAAAAUGUUAGGAUUUUAUAAUAUCUCUCGGAUAGUGAUGCUCCAGAAAUAAAAUCAAAGCACCACUAGCGAUGUUACUUUCAAUUAUUGUAAACCAAAGAAAUGUUUCACGCAAAAAAAGUAAAUCGAACGUAUGAAAAAUUCUCUCGCAAUACGAUGCGGAUUGAAGGUACGAGACUAAAAUUUUUGAUGGACAUGAAAUUAUCAAGUCUACGUUCACAUUUCUAAUAAUGUAGCCUUGGUCAGCCAAUGAAAGAAUUAGUGAAAUAAUAUUACAAUUAACGAAACAGUAGGCGAAUUAUAGUUUUGAAAUAAAUGAAAGACCAACUUAUUUCGUUAAGUGUAUAAUAUUGUACGAUGUAUGUUAAUUUAAAAUGAACACAAAAAAAAAUUUAAUAAUUAAGAGCUUUUCGCCCAGUCCAGAUUUUAUUUCUUUGAUUAGAGCGCGCACAUUGUGUGUUACAUUGAUCGGAUUCACUUUUAUUGUGCAUAUUAAAUUGUAUAGCAAAACUUUGUAAAAGCUCGUCAAUGAGAUUAUCAUGAAGAUCAGAACACCAUUUAACGUGCUCUUACAUACAUGUAAAAUCGUUGGACUGAAUAGCGAAUUGUUUCUUACUAGGAAAAAAGAAAAUGCUUGAUUAUUUCUCUAAUUAUUAAAAAAUAUAAGUGUUUUAGCUUGUGUUUAAAAGUAGCAUGAUUAGGCAUAUAACAAAUAGUUGUAUAUGUCGUUGUAAUACAGCACUAACAGUAAAAAAAACAACAGUAAUACCUUGUUUAAAGUUGUUUUCAAGUAUAAUUGAUGCGAAAAGUAAUCUAUUUAUUACGAAAACAUUAUCAAAUAUUGACAGAAAACUAUCUUAAAUGUAUACAGGCUACAAUUUUUGUAAUAAAAUUUGCAAAAAAAAUAUACAUUUUUUGUAUUGUAAACGGGAGUGCCAGAACAUAGUUACGAACUCAUUAAGCUUCAAGAUAAUCUACUUCAUACAAAUAAAUUGUAUUUAAAAGCAUAAUUCAAUUUCGUUUAAUUUUUUGUUAUUACAUUACUAUUGUUAUUGCAAUUUCUAACUAAAAUCGGUUUUCAUUAUUUUUAUUUCAGUGUUUCAUUCCAAUUGCAAACUACAAAGUAAUAUUUGAAAAAUUCUUAAUUUUUUGUAAAUGAACAAGUUUAUGCAAACCGAAUAAAAGUUCUAAUUAAUUGAAGUGACACCACACAUUAUGAAGAGUGGCGGCAGCUACCU